GAUUGGGCGCGGAGGGGCCGCGGGCGGUGAUUGAUCGGGCGCGGCGCGGGUUGGCGGGAGGGCGGAGCGAGCAGCAGCCGCCGCUGCCGCCCCGAUGCCGGCGGGCGCCGAGCAGCCGGGGGGCGCCGCGGAGCAGCCGACCGCGCAGGGCCCGGCGUCCUCGGGCCGCCGCCGCGCGCCGCCGCCCGCUGCCGAGCAGGGGGAGGAGUCCGGUGGCAGCCGGGUGCUGAGGGGCGGCCGGGAGCGGGGUCGGGCCGCCGCCGCGGGGGGAGCCGCCGCUGCCGCCUCCCGCCGCCGCAAGGCCGAAUAUCCCCGCCGCCGGCGGAGCAGCCCCGGGGCCCGGCCCGCCGCCGAGCAGCCCGCCGCCGAGACACCGCCCACCGCUAGGAAGACGCCCCGAGCCGGGUGCACUGAUAAAGCAGCUUUUAAAGAGACUGCAAUGGGUGUUUCAGAUCCCAAAGAAGAGAAGGAAGAGGAGGAAGUUUCCAGCGCCCUCAGCCACGACUCUGCCGUCGGCACAGCGAGGCCCAGCAGGAGCUGGCGCAGCAGCAGGUCAGCUGCUGCGGCCCGCCAGCGCGGCACCGAGAACUCACGUGCCUCCAGAUCCAAGACUGGUUCCCUGCAGCUCGUCUGCAAGUCGGAGCCAAACACAGACCAGCUGGGAUACGAGGCCACAGAAGAACACCAGUCUCCAGCUGGAAUUAGUGAUGAGGAGGAGGAAAUGCUCAUCAGUGAGGAGGAAGUUCCCUUCAAAGAUGAUCCAAAAGAUGAAACCUACAAGCCCCACCUAGAGAAGGAAGCACCAAAGCAAAGAAGGAAAGCUGGCAAGGGGAAGGAGGAAAAAGAGAAACAGAAAGAGAUUAAAGUGGAAGUGAAAGAAGAGAGUGAGUUUCGGGAAGAUGAAGAACCACCAAGGAAGAGGGGAAGGAGGAGAAAGGAUGACAAGAGCCCGCGGUUGCCCAAGCGAAGGCAAAAGCCACCGAUACAGUAUGUCCGUUGCGAGAUGGAAGGCUGCGGCACUGUCUUGGCUCACCCACGUUACCUGCAGCAUCACAUAAAGUACCAGCACUUGCUGAAGAAAAAAUACGUGUGUCCUCAUCCCUCCUGUGGUCGGCUUUUCCGACUCCAGAAGCAGCUCCUGCGGCAUGCCAAACACCACACAGAUCAAAGGGAUUACAUCUGUGAGUACUGUGCCCGGGCAUUUAAGAGCUCCCAUAACUUGGCGGUGCACCGGAUGAUCCAUACAGGCGAGAAGCCCUUGCAGUGUGAGAUCUGUGGGUUCACUUGCCGGCAGAAGGCCUCCCUAAACUGGCACAUGAAGAAGCAUGAUGCGGACUCCUUCUACCAGUUCUCCUGCAACAUUUGCGGCAAGAAAUUCGAGAAGAAGGACAGUGUCGUGGCCCACAAAGCCAAGAGCCACCCCGAAGUGCUCAUUGCCGAAGCACUGGCUGCCAAUGCGGGUGCCCUGAUCACCAGCACCGACAUCCUGGGCACUAAUCCUGAGGCCAUUGCACCGUCCACUGAUGGCCAGGGCCUCCCCCUCCUUCCUGAUCCUCUGGGAAACGCUGCCCCAGCGGAUUGUCUGCUGCUGAACCCCGACGGGAUGCCGAAGACGUACUGCGGUGGGGCGGAACGCGUGAGCCUGGUGGCUGACGGCAAGCUUUUUGUGGGCAGCGGCAGCAGCGCGAACCCAGAGGGGCUGGUUAUGAACACAGAGAUCCUGGGGGCUACCACGGAGGUGCUCAUUGAAGAUUCCGACUCCCCUGGGCCCUAGUGGACAGGGAGCACCUGGGUGCUGGGACAGUUUGGACUCUGUAUUUAAAAGGUGAAAAAAAACCAAGAGGAGACAAGAGAGAAAAGUUAAACAGAACUGACAAUACUACUAAAUAACCGAAGGGUCUGCUCCCCUCCAGUGUGGAUCACAGCACAUCCUCUUCUCCCAACCACUUCUCUCUCUCCCACCGCUCCUUUGUAGGAAGGGGCGCAUGCUGCCAUUACCAGAGCACAUUGGACUGAGCGAUGGAUUUCUCCAAGGGAGGGGGGGACUGCUGAAACCUAUCGCUCUGCCCCAAAGCAGAUGCCUUUUUGACUCCUUGAUGUGGCCCCACUCGCAAGCUAAAAGGCGUUCACUGUGCUCUGGACAAGUCUCGUAGGACUCCCUCUCACCCUGGUCCUGACUUCUAUGCAUCCCUGCACUCUGGUCCCUGCAGGCUCGUUCUUCCUCCCGGGGUGGGAGUCUGGCUCGGCACUUUAGGCCCCUCGGCAGAGAGAGCUGUGGAGCCAGAGAGAGCUGUGGAGCGGUGCACGCCCCUCUCCCCACUGUGCUCCCAUGCUCCAGCUCUGGCAGGCACUCAAGGGAACGCCCUGGCCCAUAGAUCAUGUUUGCUUGGAGAGGCCCGGGGGCUACGGGAGCCCUGCGUGGGAGAGGCAAGGAGGAGCAUCCCAGUCUGACGACAGCAAUUUGCACUUUGAACAUGUUUCGUUUUUGUGUUGUGGUAACAAGAUUCCUUAUUUAUUGAUUAAAAAAGGGUCGGUAUUUUUUAGUUCUGUUCUUAGGGGGGUGGAGGUGGAAGGGGUUCAAGCUGUUUCCCAGUAGGCUCCUUCGCGCCAGCGAGCCGCGAGGAGUAUCGUGCCAUCGUGACACAGCUGGGAGAGCCGGGGCAAAGGCAGCGUUCUGGAGUCAGAUGUCUUCUGCAGCUUCUCCAGAGUAGGGGGAGAGCAGGAGGAUGAGGUGAGUGGCAGAAUAGCUGACUGUUGUUUCCCUCCCUCCAGGUUGGGGUGAGCUCCCCGCAUUAAAUGCUCUCUUUGCCUCCUCCCUGCUCCCUUGCCUUUCAAGGCAGAACAUCUUUAGCCAGGAACUUGUUCUCAGGGCUUAGGACAGUUGUGAGCUGUGUGCUGCUGGGUGAUGUUGUGCUCCUCAUCCCCCUUUGCCUCUCCUCAGGUCUAGACGGAGAUGCCAAAGGAGGGGCUGGGAAUGGCUGUUUCAGGCUUGUUUGUCCAUGGAAACAGACUGAUUCUGCUGCUCUCCCUGCCCCUGUUUUUUGGUGGGGGGGUGAGUGGCUGUGUUCACAAAGCUGCUCUUUUCUGCGCAAACACCCUUACUUUUGGAACGUGGCAGUUCAAAUGUUGCCUGUCAGUAUAGUUGGGACAGCUCUGAGCUCUUGGAAAAGUUUACAUUGGGUAUCAUGUGUCUGCUAUGGAGACUUGGAUCUUUUAUGCUCUUACCUGGAACUUUGUGUGGAGAAUCAGUGGCCUUGAAUUCAUAGUAGUUUUGGAAGAGGUGAAGAAUAACCUGGGGUUUUGUUUGCCUGUUGUUUUGGUUGGGUUUGUGUGGUUGGGAGCAGAGCUGAAGGAUCUUGUCUGAGCACAAGGUCAGCUAUGUUGACCUGCAGCACCCAACGGCUGGGCAAAAUUGGGUGCCACGGGUCUGGAGAGCAACAAUAAGACAUGGAAUUCAAUUGGCAACUCUUUACAAGACAGUCACUGAAUACCCCCUCUAUCCCCUGUGCUGCCUGGGAAUCCCAGUGUGGCCCGAGCCUGGCAGCGUUUAUGGGGCCGUUGGUCCAGAUUUGCGCUCUCCCUUCCCCCCUAUACACUGAUGUCUUUGUCAGAGCAAGUUGGAACACUUCUGUCGUCAGGGCUGUUCAAGGCUGAGCAGUUUGCAGCGCUGGUGCCUUAUGCCUGGGGUGUGGGGAUCCCCCACAGCAGCAGCAUGGCUCCCAUUCCUGCAGGAGAUGUGUCUGGCCACGAGCCUGUCCUGGAGAUGAGGGCCCAGCGUACCUGAACAUGGGUCUCCUGGGGCAAUGCAGGUCAGGACCACGGUGGUAUCAUGUUUAACUAUAAACCGGUUUCUGCAGUUGGGAUGACCCAAUCUCUUUCUUGGAUCAAAUUAUUGUGAUUUCCAGCAGGAAUCUUUUGGGUGGCCAGGCAGUCCCCUCCUCUAUCAAAUCAGAGAGAGGCAGCACGAUGAAAGAUGUUAAAACUUGACCCUCCAGGUCUUGCGUCCAGAGAGGCUUGGGGCUGGUCAAGCACAUUGUCUGGUGAUGUCUCCUGGCCACCAGCAGCAGAUGGGCUUGAGAAGUGUGGGUUGGCCACGCUGUCUAAAAGCUGCCUGCAGACUGUGCUGCUGGAUCUGCUUUUCGUGCCCUGCCCUGUGCCCCGUGGGCGCUGUGGAGCAGGCAGAGUCUUGCACAGAACACUAAACGGAGAGCUUGGGGUUUUGUUUCCUGAGAGACGGCACUGAAAUGCUUUUGAGUCAAGGGCUUGCUCACGUCUGGUGCCGGGCACCAGGCUGGGAGGCAAGAAAGGCUGCCUCAUCCUGCAUCUGCCCCAACCACCCCGAGCGGAGCAGAGUUUGUUAUCAGCCGUGUUUCUGGGACACAGGAUCAAGCAGCUCAUUUGCUUCCUGGCCUGGACACCUCUGAUCCCUGCCACUACCCACCUUGUCCUUCCAUGCACACCUCUUGUAGCUCUCCUUUUUCUUUUCCUGGUCUCGGCCGGUUGCCUGUGUCCCCUCUAACCACAGCCUGCUAACCCCUGUGCAGGAGAGACUGGUGUAGCUCCCUUCCUGCUCCCCUCUGGAACCCAAGAACUGACACAGUCCUCCUGCAGCUCCUCCCCUCAAUGUCUCUCCUUCACUCGCAUGCAGUUUGCUUCAAUAAAUUAUUGUAGUAGUUUGCAAUAAACUCUUUUGUAUUUUUU